GGCCGCCCCAGCGGAGGGAAGUGAUGGUGGGUGCUUGAUGGCUCUUGCUGAGGAAAGCGGUGUGAGCCCGUGCAGAAUGGGGAAGGGCUGUGCCUCAGGGGAGGAGGAAUGGCGGACUUUGUGAAGAAGGCGCCUUCGGCCAACCGUGUGGGGAGGAGAACAGGCUCACGAAGGAAAUAGGCCUUCGGCCACGGCUCCGCGGGGAGGAGCCGCUUUCCGCCCGGGAGGAGAGACCGCGUGUGGGGGAGCCGCUUCCCUGCGGGCCGGGGCGGGGGCAGCGCCGAUCCGCUCCUCCUCCCCUUCGUGCCGUCCGCGCCGCGACUCAGCAGCACAAAAGACAGAGUGCCUGUUUCCUUGAAGUUAAUCCCAAGCUGACUCCUCACUGCAGACAGAUAGUGUGCCGAAGAUGAUGCUGGGCAGAGCAGCUUCUUGCUGUCUCAGCUAUGGAAGGCCACCUUUGUGCUAACUUGAAGACUUCUGUGGAAAAACCUCUGGCAGCAAGUCCUCCAUCGUGCAUUGCUUUGCUGAAGGUAUACCGAGAGCUUCUGGUCAGUAAAAUCCGACACACUCAGUGUUUGAUUGACAACUUGAUUAACAAUGAGUACUUCUCCACUGAAGACGCAGAGAUUGUUGUCCAGUUUCCAACUCAAGCAGAUAAGGUUCGCAAAAUCCUAGACUUGGUUCAAAGCAAGGGAGAGGAAGUUUCAGAAUUUUUCAUCCAUGUCCUGCAGAAUGUUACUGAUGCUUACUAUGAACUUCAGCCUUGGCUGGAUGAAAUAGGUUACCAGCCUUCAGAGAAUAUUUGUAGUAAACCUGUCAUAAAUACAGAUCCAGUUAGCAGGUAUUGCCAAAAACUCAGAUAUGAACUGGGACGAGACUCCAAAUUCGUUACGUCGUAUGCACAAAGGGAAGAGAUGCUGCUUGAAGAAAUCUACUCUAACAGUAUUAUGGAGAUGGUCAAUUUUACCAAUGAGAGCCUGGGUGAAGUGUGUCAAUUACAAGCCCUUUUUGAUGAUGCGGUUGGGGUAAUAAAUGAAGAUGGAGAGACUAUUUAUGUCUUUGGCGAUGCAGGAAUCGGAAAGUCUAUCUUGCUGCAAAAGAUACAAAGUCUUUGGGCCAAAAAACAGUUGGAUAUAGGGGCUAAGUUUUUCUUCCAUUUCCGAUGUAGAAUGUUUAGUUGCUUUAAGGAAGAUGAAGCUGUAUGUUUGAAAGACUUACUCUUCAGAUAUAAUUGCUACCCAGAUCAGGACCCCACAGAGGUGUUCCAUCACAUCUUGCAGUUCCCUCAUACGGUUCUUUUCACAUUUGAUGGCUUUGAUGAGAUCUAUUCCAACUUUGAUCUCAGUAGUGUUCCUGAGAUGUGUUCACCCAAUGAACCCAUCCACCCUCUGGUGCUGCUGGUAAGCCUUCUCAGAGGAAAACUUCUUAAGGGAUCCAAGAAAAUUCUUACGGCAAGGACAGGAACUGAAAUCCAAAGAAAUAUCAUUAGAAAGAAAGUGUUGCUUCGUGGUUUCUCCAGUAAUAACCUGAAGGAAUACACUGCCAUGUUUUUUAAAGAUGUGGGGCAGCGAACGCUGAUACUGAACCAGCUGGAAGCUAACCCCAACCUCCAUAGUUUGUGUUCAGUGCCUUUAUUUUGUUGGAUUAUCUUUAAAUGUUAUGAACAUUUCCACUCCAUGUUUGACAGCCAUGAGCUUCCAGACUGUUCUGUUACAUUGACAGACGUAUUUUUGCUCAUGAUUGAAGUCCAUCUAAGCCGGUCUCUGAAAACAAGUUUGCUGAAGAACAACGUCAGGAGCCAAGCAGAGGUGUUCAAAUCAAGAAAGGAAACUCUUCUAGCUUUGGGUAAAAUUGCAUACAAAGGGAUGAGGAACUCUAUCUUUAUCUUUGAGCAAGAGGAGGUCUCAUCAGCGAAUAUCUCUGAAGAAGAUCUGCAGUUGGGUUUUCUCAGGACAGUUAAAGGUUACAGUGGCUGUGACGAUCAAUCCACUUAUGAGUUCUUGCACUUAACCCUUCAGUCUUUUUUCACCGCUCUGUUCCUAGUUAUGGAAGAGAGAGCGGGGAAUAAGGAGUUACUUCAGUUUUUCAAUGAAUGCUCUUCUGCUGAGGCUGCCCAACGUACUUGCUUUCAUGUCCCUUGGCUGAAGAAACCACUCACAGGGGAGGAUCCUUUCCGAAACAAUGAACACUUCCAUUUUACCAACCUUUUCCUGUGUGGCCUGCUUUCCAGAUCCAAUGAGAAGCUCUUCAAACAUUUAGUUUUGCCUGCAGUCAUUAGAAAGAAGAGAAAGACACUCAUCACAUACCUUGGGGAGAGCAUGAAAUCCCAUCUGAAGGGUGUCACUCGGUCCAGGCUUCCAAAGUACAAUCAGGUGCAGGUUCAGCCAAACUUUGUUUGGAUGCUGAGGUGUAUUUAUGAGACUCAAAAUGAGAAAGUGGGAAAGCUGGCUGCGAAACGCAUGCAUGCCAAUUACAUCAAGCUUACAUACUGCAAUGCCUACUCUGCUGACUGCAGUGCUAUUUCCUUUGUCAUGCAUCACUUUCAAAAGCGCUUGGCUCUGGAUUUGGACAACAACAACAUCAAUGACUAUGGAGUGAAACAGCUGCUACCGUGUUUCAGCAAGCUUGCAGUGAUCAGGCUCAGUGUAAAUCAGAUCACAGAUCAUGGAGCAAGGAUAUUGUAUGAAGAACUCUCCAAGUACCAAAUUGUAUCUUACUUGGGCUUAUACAACAAUCAGAUCACUGACAUUGGAGCCAAAUAUGUUGCAAAACUCAUUGAAGAGUGUUCAAGCCUUGAAUAUGUUAAAAUAGGGGCAAACAAAAUAACUAGUGAAGGAGGGAAGUGCCUUGCCCAGGCCAUCCAGAAGAGCACAACGAUGUUUGAAAUCGGGAUGUGGGGCAAUCAGGUUGGAGAUGAAGGUGCAAAGGCAUUUGCAGAGGCCCUGAGGAACCAUCCGAGGUUGACAAACGUGAGUCUCGCAUUCAAUGGCAUCACAACAGAGGGAGGCAAAAGCAUUGCUGAAGCUUUGCAGCACAACAACUCCGUGAAAAUAUUCUGGCUGACAAAAAAUGAGCUGGAUGAUGAGGCAGCAAUGAGUUUUGCAGAGAUGCUGAAGAUCAACAAGAAACUGGUGCAUUUAUGGCUUAUCCAGAAUCAAAUUACAGCCAAAGGAGUGAAGUACCUCAGUGAAGCUCUCAAGGAGAACACAGCCAUUAAAGAAGUCUGUUUGAAUGGGAACCUGAUAAGUCAAGAAGAAGCCAAAGCUUUUGAAAGUGAAGAACGGAUCGUUUGCUUCUGAGCGAGGACUUCCCCAUUUGGACAAGCUUUGUGUUACAGAAACUGCCAUGUUUGGACUGCAGUGUUACAGAGGCAGUGCUCAUGGCAAUGCCUGCUAUCCCUAAUCCUUUUGGUGAGCGGGAAAUUGCCUUGGUAAAUAAUUAAUAUCUGUACAGUGCUUUGAAGAUGGAACACUAAGUGUUAACAGAACUAAUCCAGGGGCAUGUGUGUGCAUUUUGAUAACUGAGCUCAGAUUUAUUCUAUAUACUGCUGUAAUUAAUCUCUAACUUAUUUAUCUACAUGAAUCUACACACACACAUACAGAUGCAAGAAGAGGUGUGAGAUGCACAGGCUCCACGAGCACACAGUACUACUUGCCUCGUAACUGAAAAUAAUAGUCUGGAUGGAAACAUAGACUGUCUCAAAAGGCUGCAUGGUACCAAUGCCUUCAGCAUGAAUUCUCCUGUGCCUAGACGUUAGACCCUCAUUUUCGCACUGACUUACAGCAGUUGUAGGCACUGCGUUUUUUUGGAGAAACGGAUACAUGAGGCUCCAAUUACUUUCCAUAAUCUUUUUUCCAUCUUGAAGCCAAUACAUUUUCUUUUAUACAAGCAGAAAAACUCACUGCCAUUUCUGUAAAAUCGUAAUACAUGCAGUAAAACACUUCUGCCUAACA